AUGUUUUCUAUUACUGUUUUCCAUCUUCUUAUUACAUGGAAAACAGACGCUUUCACUUUGCUAUGCUUCGAAAACGUUCAGUUAUAUGAGAGGAACGACUGCAUUUGCUCGGAUUCUUAUGGUAACGAAUUCGAAAUCUGCUAUAGAUCCAAAGAAAAUGCGUCGAGGAUCGGACGAAAGUUCUCAUGUGAACAUCUGGGUUUGCGUUUUGAACUCGCUGGUUUCUUUUCUGAUGAUACGCCCACCGAUAAAAUGAAAGGUUUUCGUCAGGUGUUUGAUGCAAGGUACCCCACCUAUGGCAACUGUGACGCUAGCGCAUAUAAACCCUUGAUCUUGAAUCGAUUAUCUGCUCUCCUUUCUAUCCAAAUUCGAAAGUCACUGUUCACCAUAAAAAAAUUUUCUGUGUUUUCCCUCUGGGAGAACCUGUGA